GCUAGAACCUAUUUUGGUGAUGAUGGCAUCAGUCUAUUUGUAGUGAAGCACAGAGCAAGUGAGCUGCCUUUUUUUUUACAAGACUGUUGGACUACUUUGAACAACCUGACUGACUUUUUCAUUGUAACCAACAUGGAGGCACAAAAACAAGGAAUUCCAGCUUCAAUUCCUGAGAAUGAAGAGCUCACGGAGUUGCAGAUAAAUGGGGUCCAGGACAGGGAGAAUGGUGGAGAAGCUGAAGUUCCUCUAGCCAAAUCUCAGAGAAGACGCAGUGAUGUGAAAGUCUAUAAGGAGUUUUGUGACUUCUAUGCUCGUUUUAAUAUGGCAAACGCUCUUGCUAAUGCUGUUUGUGAACUCUGCAAAACUGGCUUCACUCCUUCUGAGAAAAUUGUAAACAGUAAUGGGGAAUUGUAUCAUGAGCAGUGUUUCGUGUGUGCACAGUGUUUUCAGCAAUUUUCAGAAGGCUUAUAUUAUGAGUUUGACGACCGAAAAUACUGUGAGCAUGAUUUCCACAUGCUCUUUGCUCCAUGUUGUAAUCAGUGUGGGGAGUUCAUUAUCGGUCGUGUCAUUAAGGCCAUGAACAAUAGUUGGCACCCAGAGUGUUUUCGCUGUAAUAUCUGCCACGCUGUGCUUGCUGAUGUUGGAUUUGCAAAGAAUGCAGGCAGACACCUGUGUCGUCCAUGCCACAUCCGCGAGAGAGCCUGUGGCCUGGGCAAGUAUAUUUGCCAGAAGUGUCACACUAUCAUCGAUGAACAGCCGCUGAUCUUCAAGAGUGAUCCAUACCACCCUGAUCACUUUAACUGCAGCAACUGUGGUAAGGAGCUCACUGCUGAUGCUCGGGAGCUAAAGAAUGAGUUGUAUUGCUUGCCGUGCCAUGACAAGAUGGGCGUGCCAAUCUGUGGGGCAUGCAGGAGACCAGUAGAGGGCAGAGUGGUGAAUGCAGUUGGCAAGCAAUGGCAUGUUGAGCAUUUUGUGUGUGCUAAGUGUGAGAAACCUUUCCUGGGCCAUCAGCAUUAUGAACGCAAAGGUCUGGCUUACUGCGAGACCCACUACAAUCUGCUCUUUGGAGAUGUCUGUCACCACUGCAACCAUGUCAUUGAAGGAGAAGUCAUUUCAGCACUAAAUAAAGCCUGGUGCAUCAACUGCUUUUCCUGUUCCACCUGCAGUUCUAAGCUGACCCCAAAGGACAAGUUUGUGGAGCUUGAUCUGAAGCCUGUAUGCAAACAGUGCUAUGAAAGAAUGCCAACGCAGCUCAAGCAUCGUCUAGCUAAGCGGGAACAUGACUCCAAGGACAAAAGAAAGAAAAUGGGUAUCUGUCUGUAAAGUUAUCCAUUGCACUGGCAUAGUGCGAUGCUUAGUAGGCAAUGUACUAAGUGUGGAUGUAUUUGAGAUCCCGAAGCCUUCUGUGCUCUCUGUCUAUUUGCAUAAAUGCAAGUAUUAUAGUCCUUUGUUAUAACCUUUGAUGUGUUUGCACCAUAUUCCCUCAUGUACCAUAAUGAUACAUACAAGUUUUAACAGGGGUAUAGAGAAUUACUUUAUCUAAAGUUUCUGUCAAAAUAUUUGGAAGUUUUUGAAAGACACAUGCAGGUUCCUUUGGUUUAUGUGCAACAACUUUCACUUUGAUCAAACAAAUAUAUAAAUGUACAGGUGUUGGUACAGCAACAUAAUAGACAGUUAAACCUUUUAACUGCUUUAACUGGAUUUUCACUGAAAAAUCCUCAUUUAGCAUGAACAAGUGCUUUACACACUUUUGACAUCUCGAUCGCUAAACAUUAAGCUGAAAUACUUAAUGUAAAACCUAGCCUCAUGUAACAUUUGACAAAGGUGUUCUUUACUAAUUGGAUAUUUCUUUCUGACCUUGCAAUCCAGUUCAUCCCAUAGCAGUUCAACAGGAUUUAGGUGUGGUGACUGAGCAGGCAAUUCCAUGAUAAAUAACACUGCAAACGACUGUUUGAUCUCUAAAUAACAGAGCUUGAACAUAUGCUUCUAGUUAUUGCCUUGUUUAUAAUAGUUCCUAUUGUGUAAAUGUUGGCUCCAGUCAGCUGCAGUCCAGAUGGAAUUACAUGUGAUGAUAAGUGUGGAAUAAUAGCCAUGUUGGAUCAGUAUUUUUACCUGGAAGAAAUUAUGGAGAAAGUCCAACCUUCCCUAUUCCAAAUCAAAUGCCAAACCAUUUAACUUUCACCUCCAUGUUUGACUGUGGGUGUAAGGCAUUCAACCGUGUGUUUUUGGCAUUUACCCAGUUUGUUGCAUAUAAAUAAGGAAAAUGAAUGUGUCUCAAAAACCAUAAAACACUACAUAUUUCCAGAAUUUGGACAGUAACUGUACACUAUGACAUGUUCCUAAAGUGUUGUCUCCCCAGGGGUCCAAGGAAGCUGGUGGCUGCACCACUUUAAAGCUAUUAUAUUUAUCAUUGAGAAUUUAUUUGA